UACAGCCUUCAGGACUCCAUUACCCACAAUGCACCUCUCGUCGUUGUCAAAAGUCUUGCUUUCUUGGGUCACUUACCGAACUCUGGCCGUGUCAGCCAGCUUUACUUUUUCUCGUUUGACGGAAUAAUGCAUUUGUCAGGCGCUGGCCUCGGGGAAAUAGCACACGGACAGGGGCCCGGAGCCGGACCGCCGCCUGGAAGCUGCAAUCCGCGCAAAUUCAGCGAGAAAAUCGCCCUGCACAACCAGCGACAGGCUGAAGAAACCGCAGCUUUUCGAGAGGUUAUGAUGGACAUUACUUCCAUCAGGGUUGAAGCUGAGAGAGUUCGGCAAACCAGAGACCUGGUGCCAUAUUAUGGAGGAUCCCUACCAAACGUCAAUCAGAUGUCAAGAUGCUCCACAGAGACACAGUACCCAAGUUGCCUCACCCAGCAGCUUCUGGAGGCCGAUGAAGAAUACAGAGACGUCCAGCCCAGUCCUCUCAGCAGGCCUUACAGGAGACACUUUGAUAGCGCUCCAUAUCUCUCUUCACACCUCUCUCCUCCUCGAGCUCCAGCCUGGAGAAGAAACUGGUCCAGUUGCUCUGCCACUGAAAAGAGCCAGAUGGUCCGUCUUCCUCUGACGGCUCUAAACAGAACCAAUUCGGACUCUGCCCUCCACACCAGUGUGCGAAACACCCAACUGCACGGCCACCCGAAAUCUACACAAACCCUAAAUCCCCAAACCAGACACUGUGGUUUUACACAUCCUGCUCCACUGAUUGAAGAAAAUAUCCAGGAGGAAACACAAUCUCCCAAAUUCAAGAAGUUAUCCUCCAUGACCUCAUCAGGAUUUGAAGCGCCUGUUGUUCAUCUCCCAACAGCCGAUCAACAGGUCUCUUCUCUCCCCAUCCCGUCGGCUCUCAGUACGAGCGGUUCUCUUCCAGAUCUCUCCAGUCUUCAUCUGCCUUCACCACUGCCUGCCGGACAAGAGUCUGAGCCCCAGAGGGGAGCGGAUCCUCUGCACAGCACUUCUGCACACCCAGACAUCAUGACGGACUUCAGCUUACCAGGUCUGUCCUCUAAUCUUCAGGCGUCUUUAAGCAACCCUCUGCUCCAGUCUUCUUCGCUCAGCAAUCCCAGCAUCCAGAGUUGUCUCAGCAGCCUCUCCCUGCCCAGUUCCCUGAGCUCCGCUUCGUCCUGUCUGUCCCUCAGCAACUCGUCCCUGCAGUCCUCGCUCAGCAACCAGUCCCUGCGCUCCUCCCUCAGCAGCUCCUCACUGAGCAACCAGUCCGUCCAGUCAUCCGCCAGCCGCUGCAGCCUCAGCAGUGGAGUGGGAGGAUCCGGAUCCUGCUCCUCCUCCUCUGUCUCUGGUUCUCCUCGAGUCGCUGGCGGGACGUCUCGGAAGAGAGCCCAACUCAGCCCGCUCAUUGUGCCUAGUGGAGGAGAGUCCCGCUGGCAGCAUCCCAAACAGUUCUCACCCACAGCGUCUCCUACUCUGCCUUCUAUAGCACAGGGUGCUCUGCUAAACUCCAGCAAAGUCCUGAAGGAGACCAAACCACCAGCGUAUCCCUGCUCUCAUCACAUCAGACCCGCUCAUCAGCUUUCCCAUCAGCCAAUGCGCCAGUACUUCCAGCCAGAGCCGCAGCAUCAGUCCAUCCCAGAGCUGGAGCAGUGGAUUCACAACGAACAUCAGCAAACACACAAUCAGAGACAACAUCACCACAAACACAGCCACGCUCACAAACACCCACAAACACACACUAAAUUUGAGCCACACUUACAGUAUCCAUCACAGCAAGCGUUUACCCAGCAUGCACAGCUCUACCCACAGAUCCAGCAUCAUCAUCAUCAUCAUCAUCAUCAAGAGCAGCAGAAUCAGUGGCAUCAGCAGAACCAGUACCGAAAUCAACAGCUUCAUCAAAAUACAGCGUUCCAGUGUCCGACUCAAGAGCAAAACUGGAGUCAUUUCACAGGUGCACAUGAGCAGCAGCACAUGCAGGUGAAGCGCAGAUACUGCAUGCAGACGCAGGAGGACACAAAACCACAGUCUGAGGUCACCGUUCCAGAGACUCAAGCAGAUGUUUCUCACUGUAAAGAGACUGAGCAAAAUCCAGGUUUACAGGAUAAAGGUUUCGAGCUGAACAAGGAGUCGUAUGUCGGCUUACAUCUUACCCCGAGCCAGGCAAAGGCUCUUUCUCAGCAGCUCGGAGCGCUACAGAAAGAGCCUCUGGGUGGCAGCAGAGGGUCAGAGCUUCACUGUGAAGCUGCAGAAAGCAGAGAACAGCAGAACCAGAGCUGCAGCGCUGGAGACGCACACAAUGCUUUCAACAUCAACUUAUCUGACCCGUCAUCCUGGCUGGACCAGGACAUCUCAGGUCUGCCGGACUCAGUUCUGGACUUUGAUCUAGAAACCUUUGGUCUGGACAGUAAUUUGGGUUGGCCAUGAAUGUGUCAUAAAAGUGCUCUAAAAACACACAUAUUAAUUCAGACAAGUACCUUUUUAAAGAAUUUUUUUUGCCAAUGAACUUGAAAUGUAGUCCCUAGAGCGUUUUCACACCUGACUUGUUUGAGUACCUGAACACAUUUCUUCCUUUGUUCACUUAAUUUGGGUAUAUUUGAACACAGAAAUUGAUUGAAAGCAAACUGGAGCGGUUAUGCUGAGGUGUAAAAGCAACCCAGGCAAGGUAUGAAUGAACAUAAUUCAUAACGAGAAAUGUGUUUCAUAAAAGAAAGCUGAUUCUGUAAGUCCAGACAUUAGGGGGAAAGCGGGAGCGAAAGUACCUAACCUAUUUUUAAAAGAUAAUGUUUUUAGCAGAAAUAUAUUUUGCUGUAGGUACUAACUCACAAGGGUGCUCUAUCAAAAUCAGGUGUUAUUUUAUAUCAGUGUAGAACAAUUCCAGUAUGACUUUAAACAAAAGCCGCACAUUGUUACCAUCAGCAGGGACAAGAGUAACACAACAAUAUUUGCUAUUUACUGCCUUAAUCUUCUUUAUUUUAAAUAUAUCUGACUGUGACCUUGUUAAUGUUAACUACAAACAUAUUUUGUCCUUUAUUUUGUGCAAAAAAAAAAUAUUAAGCGGCAUUUUCAAUUUAAACCUCAGCUCCAUCAAAUGUUUCAAAGGAACCCAACAAUGCAAAAUCUUUACAUUUUCUACAAUUUUUUUAGCAUUAUUGACAAUAUGCAUUCAUUUUAUAAAACAUCUUAAUCCAAGCACUGCAAACUCUAAUGGAUAAGCGAAAAGUGAGGUUUGGCUAUUAGCAGUGGGACAUUAAUAAUAGUGUUACUGUCAUCCCCACAGGAACUCUUGCCAUUUAAACCUGAUUUACUUUUAAACUGAAAAACUCAGAUAUUGUAAAAAUAAGGAUGUAUUAUUGCACUUACUCACCUGUAGAUUGAUCAUUAGUGUGACACAUGAAAAGAGAAAAACAACUUGUAAAUAAGCAAAAAGGCACUGCUACAAUAAUUUACUUUCUGAACUGUAAUUUAGAGCUAACCGCAGAACACAGUCUCGAAAUCAGCUGAUAUCUGGCAGCUCCAUUAAUGGUUGCAUAUUGGAUGUGCUGUUAUAGCCUGGAAAGCAAAUGUAGUCAGGGCUUUGAGAAAAUCGAUUUGUUACUUUCGUCCCACGUUACUUUAGUUCCCGCUCUCUCCUAAUUAUUGCAGUUAAAAAUGUUGAAAUGAUGUAUUAUACUAAAUAAUACAUAUAAUAACUGAGCAGUUAGAGUUGUAAUGGUGGCUACAAUACAAGCUACAUAUAAAGCUUUUACAACAAGCAUGACCGUUUUUAAUCACAUGUGACUUGCAUAAAAAUAUUUAGAUUUUGACCUUGUAAAGCAAACUGAACCAAGAAGAAAAUGCAACUUUGUAACAUAUUAAGUAGCUUUUUGGUACCAAAUCAUACAAUCUACAGGUCUGAAAACGCUCUUAUAGUCCAAUAAAAUGUAACCUAAAAACGGCUUAAAGCUAAAUAUAUUAAAAAAAAAA